AUGGCGAAGGACAAGGCUUUGACUGGCCCGGAUAUCGCCAAACACAAUUCCGUCGAAUCGUGCUGGGUGGUAGUCCACGGGAAAGCUUAUGAUGUGACGGAUUUCCUGCCUGAACACCCCGGGGGGAAGAAGAUCAUCCUCAAGUAUGCUGGCAAGGACGCUACGGAAGAGUUUGAGCCCAUCCAUCCUCCAGAUACGUUAGACAAGUACCUCGAUCACUCGAAACAUCUCGGUCCAGUAGACAUGAGUACCGUUAUACAGGAAGAGAGGGCGGUGGAUCCUGAGGAAGAAGCUCGGCAGGAGCGUAUACAAAUGAUGCCCUUGUUAGAACAAUGCUACAAUCUUAUGGAUUUUGAGGCGGUCGCCCGUCGUGUGAUGAAGAAGACAGCUUGGGGAUAUUACUCGAGUGCUGCAGAUGAUGAGAUUACAAUGCGAGAAAACCACUCCGCUUUUCACAAAAUAUGGUUUCGCCCCCGAAUACUUGUCGACGUUGAGGCGGUUGACAUCUCUACAACCAUGCUCGGAGCUCCUGUGUCCUGCCCCCUCUACGUCACCGCGACGGCUCUCGGCAAGCUUGGGCAUCCAGACGGCGAAGUGUGCCUGACAAAGGCUGCGGCGACGCAUGAUGUCAUUCAAAUGAUACCGACGCUGGCGUCUUGCUCGUUCGAUGAGAUUGUGGAUGCCGCUAUAGAUAAGCAAACUCAAUGGUUGCAAUUAUAUGUCAAUAAGGACCGUGAGGUGACGAGGAAAAUCAUACAACACGCUGAAAAACGCGGAUGCAAGGGUCUCUUCAUAACAGUUGAUGCCCCUCAGCUCGGUCGAAGAGAAAAGGAUAUGCGAUCCAAAUUCGCUGAUCCGGGAUCGAAUGUACAACGGUCGGAGAGCGGGGUCGAUCGAUCCCAAGGGGCCGCCAGGGCAAUUUCUUCAUUCAUCGACCCCUCACUAUCGUGGAAGGAUAUUCCAUGGUUCCAAUCCGUGACCAAAAUGCCCAUCGCGCUGAAAGGCGUGCAGCGCGUGGAUGAUGUUCUUCGCGCUGUGGAACUAAACAUACCUGCUGUGGUUCUCUCCAAUCACGGCGGUCGCCAGCUCGAAUUUGCUCCAUCCUCGAUCGAGCUGUUGGCGGAGUUGAUGCCCGCGCUCCGUGCCCGUGGAUGGGAGAAACGUAUCGAGGUCUACAUCGAUGGCGGCAUUAGACGAGGCACCGAUAUUAUUAAAGCCUUAUGUCUCGGUGCAAAGGGAGUUGGUAUCGGGCGCCCGUUCCUUUAUGCAAUGAGCACGUAUGGAGUCGCCGGCGUUGAACGUGCGAUCCAGCUACUCAAAGAUGAGCUGGAGAUGAAUAUGAGACUGCUCGGAUGCACGACGAUAGACCAACUUACCACUGAUUUAGUUGAUACAAGAGGUUUGGGGAUUCACUCCGUUCCUCACCCUAUUGAUAGGCUCGCCGACGCCGUGUAUGAUCCCCUGGUGACUCCGUCGGAUAGGCCCCGGGCGUCGGUAGGCGCAUCUAAGCUGUAG